UGGGAUUGUUGUCGUCGUUGUUGUUUGUUUACGUAUGGUUCCCCUCAGGCAGGAAUCAUGUUCGAGUUACUCUUUUUCGACACCUUUUCGCAUGAAGUGAGCGAGGUGGGUAUACAAGACUCCCAGGAAGGCCGAGGAAGCUGUGUGCACCAUAAGGUGCAGCUGGAUCUGGUACAGUUCCCCCGGCCGGUGCAGGUGGCUGAGGUGCGUGCCAUCCCCCUCGGAGCGCGCGUACAGGCGGACUUCCCGGGUGGAGUGAGGCUCGGAGCCACCAACCCCAGCCAGUUUGAGAUCGAGUUCUUCGUCAAUGACCUGAGCAAGCGCGGCGCCGGCACCUUCGAGAGCGUGGGGUGCCUACAGUACAACCAGCAGGGCAAGAUACACAUGGACUUUGAGAAGAAGGUCCCAACCGACGGCCUUCUCCUCCGAGGGAACUACAACACCAUCACUCUGGCGGUGUAUGGCAACCUCACCAAGGUCCAGCGUGAGCCCUCCCCCGCCCCGCCACAGCUGCCCGCCCCGACCCCGGCCAAGCCCCCAAAACCCGUCCCGGUCCAACCCUCAUCCUCUUCAGCCCCCCCGGUUGCUGCCCCGACACCCGCACACCCGCCCCCGGAGAAGCUGAACACUCACGAUCGCAUCCGGGACUGGUUGGAGGAAACGAGGGAGUGUGCCCCGCGCUCACCCUUGGAAUAUGAGGAAACAAAGCAACCCUGGGAGGAGGAACAUCCCAGGGAGUUCGAGAGGGAGAGGGAGAGAGAGCGAGAGAGGGAGCGAGACCAGCGGACUUACCGAGGGGAUAACAGGGAGAGAGAAAGAGAUAGAGAGAGGGAGAGAGAUAGGAGAUCAUGGAGUAGAGAGAGAAGCUGGGAUCGGAGCGAACGAGGAAGCUCACGGAGAGAUUCCCGGAGAGACGUGGAGAGAGAUCGAGAUAGAGACAGAGAGAGGGAGAGAGAACGAGAGCGAGAGAGAGAGCGUGAGAGGGAGAGAGAGAGGGAAAGAGAGCGAGAUAAAGAGAGAGAUAGAGAUAGAGAACGAGAGAAGGAGAGAGACAGAGAGAGAGAUCGGGAGAGAGACAGAGACCGAGAUAGAGAUAAGGAGAGAGAACGGGAGAAAGAGAGAGAUAGAGAGAGGGAGAGAGAGAGAGGAAGAGACAGCAAGAGAGAGAGUGAUAGAGAGAAGGAGAGAAGAUUGAGCAGGGACAGCAGAGAGAGAUAUGAGGAGGAAAGAGGAGGAGGAGGAGGAGGAGGAGGAGGAGGACCAGGAGGAGGAGGAGGAGGAGAGAGAGGAGGAGGAGGUCUUCUGCCUGAUCCUCCUUCCUCCUUGCGAUUACGGCGAACUUCCGAAACCGAUUUCGGCCGCCGCCCUCGAACCCCAAUGGACAACACCCCCACCCCUCCAACCCCCCUCCUGAACCCCGCUCCCCCUCCCCCUCUCCUCCCGCUCCCCACCCCGAACAUACCUCCACUCACCACCCCCAACACAACCCCAAUGGAGGAAACCCCGAACGCCAGAGAGGAAAGUGGAGGAGGAGGUGGAGGCGCGAUGGAGAGUCUACCUGUCUUACCUCCGCUGCCUGCCGAGGAUAUGGAGGCAAUUAGCGAUGAUGAGGAGUUACCUGACCUACCUGGAGAGACAGUGGAGGUGGAGGAGGAAUACCCGAUGGAGGAGGGAAUGGAGGAGAUGGCGAUGGAGGGGCCGCAACACCAUCACCCGCACCUCCCGCCGCACCACCACCACCACCAUCACCACCUCCAGCCGCACCACCUCCAGUCACAUCAUCACCACCAUCAUCUUCAUCACCAUCAUGCCGAGGAAGGUGACGAGGGCGAGGGUUUCGGCUACGAGGAGAUCAUGAGUGACGAGGAGGAGCUUCCCGAGUACCAGUAUGAGGAGGAGUGGGUCAUUGAUGAGUGGGAGGACUGGCUGCGGCCCCUCGUGCUUGACCCCAUCCCUCUCGACCCCCCCAAGCAGCUGGUGUCCCCUAUCGUCACAGAGUUCCAGGUCGCCCUCGAACGGUGCAGGACGGAGAGUGUGUACCUGGAGGAUGAGCAGCCGCAGGGCCACAAGCUCGAGGCACUACUGGCCGACACCACCAUCCCGUCCUUUCCUGCAGUUGGCGGAGAGAAGACGGAGGGGGAGGGGAUGGAGGGGGCCGGGGAGGAGGGGGAGGUGUGGGUGCAAGCCGUUGAACAUGCGUGCCAGCUGAUCCCCCGUGACCUCCCCCCUGUCGUGGCUCGGAGCGGCUUCGGUGUGUGCUCAACGCUGUGUGACUGGGCAGAGAUAGGCCUUGAUUUCAACCGGGCUCUCGCACAGGAACAGCCCGUCUACAAGAUCCGUCACAUGAAGGUGGGCGUACGUCUGACCCAGCUCCUCCUCCAGUGCUGCUGUGAGGUGACCCGCAUGGUGCUUCAGCGUGGGGUGCUGGGGAAGCUACACACACUCUACCACAAGCCCCACAUGGCCCUGUCGAUGAAGCUGCUGAUUCUGAGGACCGUGGACACCAUUUUGAGGACUCCCCUGGGGCUGCAAUACUUCCUGGGUGAACCACUGGGGGAGGGGAAGAAGGAGGAGGAUGACGUGAAGAAGGAGGUGAAGGAGGAGGAGGACGAUGAGGCAGCGGAGAAGAAAAUGGAUGUAGAAGAGGAGGAGAAGCUGAAGAAGGAACAGGAGAUUAAGGAAGAGAAGAAGGAGGAGGAGGAGGAGGAGGAAGAGAAGGAGAAUAUGAAGAUUAAGGAAGAGGAGAAGGAGAAGACCGGGUAUGAGAUGGUUCUGGAGAUGCUGGCCGGUGUACCUCAGACCAGGGCUAAGAUGGCCUUGGCUGCUACAGUCCGCAAAAUUCACCUUCUGGACACCUGCCUGCAGCUUAGGGAGGCCGGUCAGCUGAUUGCCAACGCCCUGCCGCCGCCCCCACUCAUACCCGACCCCCCAAAGCCGCCCAGAGAAGAGAUGGGAGGUGUGCUGGAGGAGGAGGUGGGCGAGGGUGACGACACAGCCAGCGGGGGCGAGGGAAGGGUGGAGCUGCCCCCGGUAUGCCCGCCUGACCUGACCCUCACUGCCCUAACCACAUGUCUGGAGGAGGUGUGUCGGGUGUACCGGUUCGCCCAGCAGCUCCUCGCUCACCCACACAGGUGGCUUCCGGGGUCCAAACAGUUCCAGCUGCCCAAGAACCCACACGACCCCUUCCCCCAGCUGUACGUCAUCCUGGACAGGGCUGAGCUUCUGGACUCGCUGACUGGGGUGGUAGGGGUGCUGGGGGGGCUGCAGGGGGGUAUGGUGCUGGAGGAUGCGAAGAAGCUGAUUGAGUGCAUGCUGUCCCAGUCGCAUGGUGUGAGGUACCUAGCGGCUCACCCAGGCCCUUCUACCACCCUGGCGCGGAUAUUGAUACAGGUUGGUGAGGAGGGGCGGGAGGAGGAAGGCAGCCUGUACCAGCUUGGACUCCACCUGCUGCACACCCUCCACGCCCUCUCCCAGCUGGACGCCCUGGCCCAGCUGGCGGCCUGUCACAACACGGACUACUCUCAGGCGGCCGGGCACUUCAACACCCUGCUGUCCGGCCUGCUGACGCCCGCCGGGAGGAACGCCGUGGUGUCCCUGCUGGGGCUGGACGGCCACUUAGAGGUGCUGUUCCCCUACCUCAAGCUGGGCGCCGGGGAUGACCAGGACAAUGCCCCGACCCGCCUGGCCUGUUACGGAUACGCGGUGGAGCUGGUGGUGCUGGCAGUGAAGCUGUGCGAGCGCGUGGAGGCUGUGGAGCGCUGCGGCCCGGCCCUGCUGCAGCUGGUGGAGUAUGAGGAGGCGCGGGAAGGCCCCAAGCUGGAGGAGCUGGCCAGGCUGUGUGAGGUGCUGCCCUGGCUGGCCCCCGCCCGCGCCCAGGAGACCGCCCCCACCUAUGACAACCUGGCCGCCCUCUCCGCCGGGCUCAAGGACCAGCUGGAGAAGAUUGACAAGUUCUCCGGGGAGCUGGUGACGCAGCUGCGGCUCAUCCGGCGGCUCAGCGUGCCGGACGAGGCGGUGUGUGCGCUGAGCCCCGAGGAGCACAACGGGGAGCUGAUUGAUGAGCUCAAGUACCGCUACGCCACGGUGCAGCUCUUCUCCGCAGACUGCCACACGCACCUCACCGCACUGCUGGCCAAGCUGUGCACCAUGUACUCCCAGCCCGCCGUGCACGCCUGCAGCCUGGCCGGCUCCGAGGGCGCGGUGCUGCUGGCGGUGAUCCGGCCGGCACUGGCCAUCCUCAAGAACAUCCUGACCUACGUGAUCCAGGCCAGGAACAGCAGCUUCAAGGACCUCUCGGCCGUGGUGCCGCUCAUCCAGACCUUCCUCCUGCUGCAGGCCUUCCCCCCCGGCUCCCAGCACAGCGGCCCGGCCCAGCAGCUGCAGCGCCAGGUGGUGGCCACGCUGCUGCUCUACACACAGCCGGGCCAGGCGGCCACCGACGGCGAGGAGGUGCUGGCCAAGAGCCUCUGGACCAAGAUGAUGGCUGAGGUGGUGAAGUACCUGCUGACGGGUCCGCACACCUUCCUGGGCGUGGUGGCACUGCUGCUGGAGCUGCUGCCGGUGCCGGUGCCGGUGCAGACCCGUGGGCCGCUGAGCACCGAGGAGGCGGAGCAGGUCAUUGCCCUGCGCCAGGCGUGGUCGGCCCACCUGUUCCCCCUGGCCCCGGCCCUGCACGAGGCCGUGCUGCGCCUGGGCCUGACCAGCGUGCCGGUCCUGUGGCACCAGCUGCGCCGCCUCUGUGUGGCCCUGGCUGACCUGUCCGCCCCCAUGGCCCUGCUGGUGGCCCGGGCUGCCCUGGACCUGGCCCUGCAGGCACACAGAAUGGACCAGCGGGCCUGCGGCGAGGACUUUGGUCCGUGCUCGCCCCAGACGGGCCGGGUGCUGGCCACGCUGGCCCAGCUGGCCUCCCACGCCCCCACCAAGGCCGCCAUCCUGCACCUGCUGCGCGGCGGCUCCCCCACGCUGGCAGCGGCCCCGGCCAAGGGCGAGGACAAGUACAGCAGCCUGGUGGCCCUGUGGUGCCGCAUCCUCAACGUGGCGGCCAGCGGCUCCCAGGCCCAAGUGGCGGCCCAGGACUGCCUGCUGGCCCUGGUGCUGCACCUCUGUGACCACCACAACAGCCUGGAGGCGCCCGGCCGCGAGGGUGAGGCGCCGGGCCUGGGGGGGGUGCCCAACAAGGAGGUGUUGCUGCCGCUGGUGGACGCCCUCGUGGACCACCUCCGCAACCCUCACUCCCCCCACCACUCCCUCCACCAGGGUCUGCGCGCACUCAUCCACCUCACGGAGCACGACUACGGCUUCUUCCACAUCAGGAGCGUCAUGGAGAAGAAGAAAGCCUGCCUGGUCAGCCUCUUCAAGCGCCUGACCUCCGGGUUCCGCAAGGAGAACGUGGACCACCUCACAUCCCUUCAGGGGGCCGUCGAGCUCUGCCACCUCCUCCUCACAUCCCCCCCGGACCAGGCGCGCACCCUCACCGCCACACCCCAGGACCUCGCCAACUAUCUAGGGUGGAAGGCGGGGGGGUACGAAAUUCACUUCACCCGCAUACCCUCCACCCCUAAGGAGACCCGCCCUCAGCCUAGCAAGGAGGAUGCGUCGCAGGAGGAUGGUGCUGCGGAGGUGAAGGAGGAGGAGGUGCAGGAGGAGGUGGUGGAGGCUGCGGGUGCUGUCUCGGAGGUGAAGGAGGAGGAGGGGAAGGGGGAGGUGCUGGUGAAGAAGGAGGAGGGGAGGAAGGAGGAGGAGGUGGCCCAGGAAAGAGUUCAUCCACUUGUGUUGUUGGAGAAGCAGGUUGUGGCCGAGGGGUGCGAGGAGGAGCUGAUGGAGACCCUCUACGACGAGAUCUCUCAGCUCAUCACUGCGCUAGAGAGUGCCGGCACCUCCACAGACUCCAAGGAGCUUGUAGAACCCUCUGGGCCUGAUGGAGAGGGUCUGGUGGCUCUCUUCAGCGGGCGGGUCGUGUGGACUAACCUGCCCGGCCCCGCCCAGGACGAUAUCCCCGCCUACUGGCUCUCCCCGCCCCCCUUGCAGGAACCUGACCCCACUGAGAUGGUAUCGACGAACCUCCUUGAGAUCUGCCUUCAGUAUGCUGGCGACUACGACCUGGUGGGCAACCUUCACAAGCUGGUCAAGGGGCAGGGCGCGCAGGCUCUCACGCCGCAGAAGCUGGCCGGCAAGGGAGGUCCGCCCCGCUACAAGCACAGCGCCGGCACCAUCAGGCCUGACAAGCGUGGACGACCCUUUGUUGCUCCCAUGCGCGGACGUCCCUUCACACGCGGCAUGAACCUACGCAGCGACCCGUUCCGCUCCCGCCCCCCAAACACCUCCCGGCCGCCCUCCCUGCACGUGGACGACUUUGUGGCCCUGGAGAGCACCGGCCACCAGCCCACCGGCCCCACGGGGUACAACAAGAUCUCCUUCGGCCGGGGCAAGGUAGGGCGGGGCGUGCGGCGGGGCAAAUUCCUGCUCGACUCAAUGCGGGGCGGACGGGGCAGCCGAGGCGGGAGGGGUAGUGAGAGCCGGGGCACCAGGUUCUUCCACAGGCCCCCAUUCAGGCCAGACUCAGGCACAGUCCGGGGCAUCAACCCAAGAGGCCGCGGCGCUCCAUGGGUGUUCCGGGGCGACGGUUCUCCUCGGGGCUACCGGGGCACGGCGUCCGGGUCAGGGGGGCUGCGUUACAUUAGGGGGCGAGGCAUGUACGCGCGGGGGAACGGUGGGGCGGGCGGGGGCGUGAAGGAGAGGUUUGCCGCCAAGUUUGCCGAGCGGGGCGGACGUAGGGACCUCAAUGGAGGGAGGCAUAUUAGGGGGGGCUUUAGGUGAAGGGGGAAGGGGGGAAGGAAGGAUGAGAUGAAGGGAAGUAAGGAUGAAGGGAUAGAGGAUGAAAGAGAAAGAUUAUGUAAGUUUAAGUGAAAGAAAGAAGGGCUUAGGGGCAUAUAAGGGAAGGGGAUGAAGGGAGGGAGGGAGAAAGGUGAGGAUAAGAAGGGGUUUAAAGCGAAGAGGAGGAAGGUUGGGUGAAGGGAGAAGUUAGAUAAAGGGGAAAAGGGAGAACGGGAAAAAUUAAGUUGGUUUAGGUGAAAGAAAGUGAAGGAUUGAAAGAAAAGGAAAGGGUUAGAGACAGGGUGUAAUACGAAGGCAGGGAGUUGAAUUAAAGGGUUGAUGUUAGGUAAGGGUAUUUAAAGGGUUGAUGUUAGGUAAGGGUGUUUAAAGGGUUGAUGUUAGGUAAGGGUGUUUAAAGGGUUGAUGUUAGGUAAGGGUGUUUAAAGGGUUGAUGUUAGGUAAGGGUGUUUAAAGGGUUGUUAGGUAAGGGUAUUUAAAGGGUUGAUGUUAGGUAAGGGUAUUUAAAGGGUUGAUGUUAGGUAAGGGUAUUUAAAGGGUUGUUAGGUAAGGGUAUUUAAAGGGAUGUUAGGUAAGGGUAUUUAAAGGGUUGUUAGGUAAGGGUCUUUAAAGGGUUGUUAGGUAAGGGUAUUUAAAGGGAUGUUAGGUAAGGGUAUUUAAAGGGUUGUUAGGUAAGGGUCUUUAAAGGGUUGUUAGGUAAGGGUAUUUAAAGGGUUGUUAGGUCAGGGCAUUUAAAGGGUUGUUAGGUAAGGGUCUUUAAAGGGUUGUUAGGUAAGGGUAUUUAAAGGGAUGUUAGGUAAGGGCAUUUAAAGGGUUGUUAGGUAAGAAUGGGUAAGGAAAGGGAGUUUGAAAGGAAAAGGGUGAGGAGGAAGAAAGGGAUUAAGAGGAACAUAUAUUAAAGAAGAAAGGAAGAGAAUGAAAUAAAGAAAUACAUUAGCAACAAAAGGAAAAGGGGGAGGAAGAAAGGGAUUAAGAGGAACAGAUAUUUAAGAAGAAAGGAAGAGAAUGAAAUAAAGAAAUACAUUAGCAACAAAAGGAAAAGGGGGAGGAAGAAAGGGAUUAAGAGGAACAGAUAUUUAAGAAGAAAGGAAGAGAAUGAAAUAAAGAAAUACAUUAGGAACAGAAGGAAAAGGAGGAGGAAAAAAGGGAUUAAGAGGAACAUAUAUUUAAGAAGAAAGGAACAGAAUGAAAUAAAGAAAUACACAAAAGAAAGAAGGAAGGAAAUGGAGAAUGAUUGAGAGGAAAAGUGAAAUGGUGUGUGUUCUUAGUACACACACACACACACACACACACACACACACACACACACACACACACACACACACACACACACACACAA